AACAACAUUGUAACCCAACAACAACAACAGAACGUGACGGGAACAUUGUUACGCCAGGCGGUUGUGUCACAUUGAAGUGGGUACUUGUGACCCACACCAAGAAAGAACGCGCCAGGCACGCACGCCAUCUCACCAGAAGGUUGGGACACAUCUAAGCGGAUAUUUAUUAGUUCAUUCCUUCACAACAUUUCUGAAAAGGAUAAAAAAAAUGCAGAAACAUAGUGUGUUUGUUUGGGCAGCCAUUGUACUGUCCGUCAUCGCGUUGCUGCUCCAGUUCUUGGCAGUGUGUCUACCUCAUUGGCAAUGGUACGACAACAUGCCCUCUGUCCCUGGAGGCAUUCUACAUGGACUGUUUUCCAUGUGUGCAAUGAUGGGCGAUGGCGGCACAAUAUGUCGAAUGCAUAACACUAUCCCAGCCUGGCUGAAUGUGGUGAGGACGUUUGAGAUGUUUGGAUUAGUGUUGCUGUUCAUUGUGGCUGUUCUGCUUACCCUCUACCUUCUACUGUUACAAUGGAAAGUCGUGGUUCACGUGAUCUUCAUUGUCACACUCUUCGUGAUUGUGUUCUUCCUCCUGAUUGGAGUGUCUGUAUAUGGACACAAUGCGGACGCAGAUCAUCUACACGUCGGAUAUGCCUUUGCUGUGAUUGCCGCUAUCGUAACUGCAGUCCCCGCGAUACUGCUCAUUGUGAUGUGUAGUUGCCGACGGGAGAAAACCUUCUGGGUAGAUCAGGAACAUGCAGAGACAUAUGAUAGAGCGUAUAAUGCCACCGAAAUGCACUCCAGCACAUCUAGAAGAUCGUCGAAAGUUGAACCUGUCAACGACAGUCAGCAACAAAGGGCAGAAUCCAGACAGUCACAAGCGGACAACGGCCAGGCAAAGGAACUACUAGAGUAAAACGGAUUUGAUGGAGGACAACCUGGAAACCAUCAUUUAUGUUUUAUCCUAGCUGUAGAUACAAUUGUACUGUUUUUCCUGUCCGUGUUGUCAGAAACCCUGUUUACAUCAGCUGCUGUGGAAGCAACGAUACACGGAGAACCAUGAAGUUGUCCUGUCGAAAGUCGACUUCCUUAUUCCUGGCCCAUGUGGACUGCCUGCUGGACCUUGGUGAACGACGGGGACAGGGUAACACCAGGGCAAUUAUUUCUGCUUUUCUCUCUAUAGAAAGACGGGUAUCACCAAAAUAUGAUAAAUGCCGAGUACUUAUACCUGGCCAAUACAUUGUACAUACAUUUAGUAUAGCAUGUCGAAAGAUGCUUUUGUAGCUAAGUAUGUUUUUAUAUAAUUUCAUACACGUCUAGCUGUGAUAUGUAUAUAUACCGUAUUCCUGUCUUAUCAAAUAAAUUUGUGAAUUUUAAA